UUACAGCUCAGGGCGGGUGGGACACCGUGCAACAGGCAGGAUUGUCUCAGCUUCACCUUUCCACUCUCUCCCUCGCCAGGUAGACAUCAGCAUCUUCUGCAGAGGGAAGACUGGAGGAGAAAGGCCGGAGGAUGGAUGCUCGUGUUCUUCAAGGCCUGUGAGUGAGUUUGCAGUGGCAGGAGAGCACAGCAGAGAUCAGAUAAGUGGUUCAUCUGUGGCGGGAUGCUGCCGGGCUCACAAUGACCGACUGUUGGCCUGUGUGGGACCGUCAAGGCUCCUCGGUGCAGGAGAGGCAGGGCUCCCUGUGGACCAUGAACCGCUACACCACACUGAAGCAGCUGGGGGACGGCACGUACGGCAGCGUGCUCCUGGGAAAGAGCAACGACACCGGGGAGCUGGUGGCAAUUAAGAGGAUGAAGAGGAAGUUUUAUUCCUGGGACGAGUGUUUGAAUCUGAGAGAAGUGAAGUCUCUGAAGAAGCUGAACCACGCCAACGUGGUGAAACUGAAGGAAGUCAUCAGAGAGAACGACAACCUCUACUUUGUCUUUGAGUACAUGAAAGAAAACCUCUAUCAGCUCAUGAAAGAACGAAACAAGUUGUUCCCUGAGUCAGUCGUCAGAAACAUGACAUUUCAGAUAUUACAGGGACUGUCCAUAAUUCAUAAACAUGGAUAUUUCCAUCGUGAUAUGAAACCGGAGAAUUUGCUCUGCAUGGGCCCACAGCUGGUCAAGAUUGCAGACUUUGGCCUAGCGAGGGAAAUCCGUUCCCAGCCGCCUUACACUGAUUAUGUGUCCACGAGAUGGUAUCGAGCCCCAGAGGUUCUGCUGAAGUCCAGCUCCUACAGCUCCCCCAUCGACAUCUGGGCGGUGGGCUGCAUCAUGGCGGAGCUGUACACCCUCAGGCCUCUGUUCCCCGGUAACAGCGAGGUGGACGAGGUCUUCAGGAUCUGUCAGGUGCUGGGAACGCUGAGGAAGUCGGACUGGCCUGACGGCUACAACCUGGCCUCUUCCAUGAACUUCCGCUUCCCAAAGUGUAUCCCCACCAACCUCAGAUCCCUGGUGCCCAACGCCAGCGCCGAGGCCAUCACGCUGAUGAAAGACAUGUUGCGCUGGGAUCCAGAGAAAAGACCAAGUGCUGCUCAGGCUCUGCGGUACCCGUACUUCCAUGUCGGCCAGACACUUGGAGCUCCUUUAAAGUUCUCAGAGCAGCACAAGGCCCGGACGAAGAUUACCCAGACGGCUACAGAACCAAAGCCUCUGUCUCUCUGUAAGACGAACCUGGAGCCCAGCGAGCAGAGGAAGACCCGGGUGGAGCUACAGACCUCCAGUCGACCUCUACACUGGCCUCUACAGGAGAUCCCUCUUCCUCAGGACAACACAGAUCCUACAGCGGGGCAGCAGCCGCCGCUCAGCCUGGUGAAGAACAAGCAACCAGGAAGCUGGCACACUCAGCAGCGAGGGCCGGCUGCUGGAGCUGAGAACAGCGUGUCUGGAGUCAGGACCGGACGCAGACACUGGGGUCAAACAUCGUUCAAGUCAGUCGAUAGCUGGGACGACGGAGACGACACAGACGCUGGAGUUUCCAUUUCCAAAAAACCCUCCAUAAGCUCUCUGAAGGACAGGAUCCUCGAUGGACACGGCUGUCGAUUUCCAGAGACAAAGACCAACAUGGUAGCAAAGUUACCGAGCGGCAUCGGGCUGAAGAGAACGGACUCCACCUCCUCGUCUGCCAAGCAGCACUACCUCCGCCAGUCCAGGUACCUGCCAGGCAUUAUUCCAAAAAGGAACUCCGCAGGCAGAAACCUGUGGGACAACUCGUGUUUAACCAGAGGACUGGGCCUGGAACUCCCUCUUCAUAAAGAUGCUGCUCUUCCCAAACUAUCAGCUAAGCAGCUUAUGAAGGAAAAGAGCCUGGAGGAAGUGGAUCUUUCCAAAGUCGAUGUCUCCUCAACUGAUUACAAAACCAAAACGUGUAAGAACAAGAUCUCCUCAAAUAAACUGUCUCUGUCAAAUGAAGAGUAUGAACAGUGGAGGAGCAGAUCUGUGAAUCCUCAGAUCUCCGGAUCCAGCAGCGGCUCCACAGUGAAGACAAACUUCUCCCGGGGCCCAAACAUCCAGCCGGUGCACGGACGAGUCGACUGGGCCGCCAAGUAUGGAGGCCACCGGUGGCACCAGUGACUCCCACCGCACUCUCACCAUACAGACAUUAUGCCAUUUUAUUAAAUAUCAUUCAGUGCUUUACAAGUGAAUGAAUGUUAGAAUAUCUCUAUUUCUUUAAAUAAUUGACAAAGUUAUUUUUUUAGUGAGCAAAUGUGUUUUAAUUCAAUGCAAAAGUGCAGAUAUACAGUAUAUUUUCUUAUUAAAGUACACAAACAGGUGUAAACACAAUAAGCUGUGAUGUUUAUGUACAAAGGAGCAUGGAUAAUCCUGAUAAGCAGAAAAACUUGUAUUAUAUUGUUGUGUAUUUUCAAAAAUAGAUAAGACGUUGAAAUGGUAAAAGUUGUUGUAGAAAAAUGAUUUAUUCCAGAAAAAUUAUGUUUAAACUUAAAUUCUUCUCACAGACGACUGCACAGAGGGAAUGUAUGUUUUUUGUACACAGAAAAUAUAUAUUUAAGUAUUUCUCAGGAUUCGUGUGGCCUUGUCAACAUCCCAGUUAUGAUCCUCACCAGCAUCAGUCCGCUGAAAAAAGAGAUGACAACAUUUAAAUCAGGGUCGAGUUGGAAUGAACGCCUCGUGGUUGUGUGUCUCCAGCAACCAGAGCAGUUCCAGACUCAUGAGGUCAAUGUGUCACGGAAAUUCUCGAGGUCAACGUCCAAGUAAAUGUUUGUACCAGAUUAUAAUAAACUGCAAGGAGGCGUUGUUGGUUCAAGUCCUUUAAA